AUGGAUAUCACUUCAACACUAGAGAAUGGAUCGCAAGCCAGCUAUGCGUCGGCUGCGGACCCCUUCAACCUAUCCAGCAAGCUGAAACCAACCGACAAGGACCAAAGAGCACAAGCCAACACCUCACGCAAGCGUGCUCUUCGCUACAAUCCAUUUGGCAAAAAGGAAUCACAGCUUCGCGGCGUCACAGAGUUCUACAACUCACAAAACGAAAAGAUCAAGAGCUUCCUCAAGCCUGUUGAUGAACAUGUCCGCGAACAUGCCGAGACUACAGAGUCCAACAAGCUGCAAUAUCGAAUCGCCGUAUACUCCUCUUUCAUAUGCAACAUCCUCCUGUCGGGACUGCAACUAUACGGAGCCAUUGCCUCAGGUUCCCUGUCUCUCUUCACAACAAUGGCCGACUCGAUUUUUGACCCGCUAUCAAACAUCACCUUAAUUAUUUGCAACCGACAAGCGAAAAAGGCCAGCUCUCACAAUUUCCCAGUGGGCACAUCUCGCAUCGAGACUGCAGGAAACAUCUUCUUCUCCUUCAUUAUGAUAGCCGUCUCCCUUAUCCUCGUGGCAUUCUCCUGCCAAGAACUCGCCGAGGGCGGCUCGUCAGCCUUCCACUUGCCCUCCGUCAUCGCAGUCACAGUGGCAUUUGUGGUGAAACUAUGUCUAUUUAUCUACUGCUUCGCGCUCCGCAACAAGUACUCCCAAGUCCGCAUUUUAUGGGAAGACCACCGCAACGACCUUUUCAUCAACGGCUUCGGUAUCCUGACCUCCGUUGGUGGAUCCAAGCUCAAGUGGUGGAUUGACCCGAUGGGUGCGAUCAUCUUAUCUCUGCUCAUUUUGGGAUUAUGGCUACACACCUCUAUUGGAGAGUUCAAGCUACUCGUCGGUGUGACAGCGGAUGCGGAUACUCUGAACCUCAUUACCUAUGUUGCGAUGACGCAUAGCGAGCAUGUGAAGGCCAUUGAUACGGUGCGAGCGUAUCACUCUGGCCCGAGACUGAUCAUCGAGGUGGAUGUUGUGAUGCACCCGCAACAGACAUUGCAGGAAUGUCACGAUGUUGCGGAGGACUUGCAGGUUAAAUUGGAGAGCUUGCCGAAUGUGGAGAGGGCGUUCGUGCAUAUUGAUUAUGAGACUACGCAUCGACCGGAGCACUCAAAGAAGGAUAUAUAG